AUGAGCCCAAUAAACAGCCUUUGGUUCAAGUGGAAAAGUCUGAAACUUCCCUGGCGCAAAACCUUUCUCGCAGGAAAGGACUUAGCUGGAAACACUUUCUGGGAAUUUAAGGACACUCUCAAUUCCAGGCGGCUCCGGCGCAUUGUCAAAUACAACCCCAAGACACACCUUGCCGACGUGCAGGUUUCUCAUCCAGAAAUCCAUAUAUCUCCGACGGAUCUACCGCUAACAAUCAUGGCAUCCGUAGCGCAAUGGCACCAGUGGCUUCGAUACGCUCGCCAGGAUGCCCCAACCAUACAGGAACAACAAAACGAACUUCUCCGGCAGGAGCGUAUUAAACAUCUUGCCAAACUUGCAGAUGAGCGAUGGGCUAGCAAGCCAUCAUUUCUCGACAGGCCACAGGGGCAGCACCCGGAUCCCGCAAUACAAUGCUCUCAUGAGCUACAUCCUCCACCCGCCACACAGCCUGACAAAUCGUUAGGUGAUGAAGAGCCGGAGCUCAAAGACCAAGGCAAAAAGACUAAAUCUCCCUGGGCCCGAAACACUGGCGGGCCAAGCGAGGGAUGGCAACCUGAAUCGUGGAAACCAGCUCCGAAGGGCAGAUAA